AUGAUGGCGCACGAAGCUCCAAUCAAUAUAAAACCUCCAGGUGGCCCGAAGGCGCCCAAACCGUCAAAGAAUAAGCAUGCCCAACGCCAGGGAAAGUUGCCAAAUGGGGCUAAACCGGAUUUUGGACCUGGCAACGACGAAGGUGCUCAAAUUAAGCCCAAGAAGGGCCUUCUUCCAAAUGGUGAGAAACCUAACUUUGGUGAGAAGCCAGAAGCAAAGAAACUGAAUGGAAAGGGUAAGAAGGAAGGAAACGCCAGCAAGGAUCAUGAAGGCGGGAAGAAGUCCAAGAAGAAGAAUGCAAAUGGCAGCGGCCCUGCGGUUGCGAAAGCGGAAGAGGGGUACGCUGGCUCGUCCUUCCACUCAUCUCCUGAAGCGUUGGCAUUACCUAAGCCUUCUUUCAAGACAUCCCCCAAACAGAAACAGACUGAGACCCCAGCUGCCAGUGCCUCUAGCACCGCCACGUCGGUUUCUCAGUCUCGCAACUCUCCUGUCCAGCAUUUGCCUCAGAGACCCAUUUCCAUGGGUGCUGUACCAGCUACUCCCUUUGUCUACCAAGGAAUGCCUCCUCAGGGUCCUCCGCAAUUCCCUGUAGUUGCUCAUCCUCAUGCGAUGCCUCCGGGCCCUGGCCCAUACCAGCCUGGGUUCAGCUACACGGUGAACCCUCAGGGUUACAUCAACUAUCAAUACCCUCCGGGAGCUGUUCCACCGCCACAUCCUCUUGGCAUGGCGUUUGGAUAUCCACAGCCAUACCCACCGCCUCAUUCGAUGCCUUCUGGACCGCAGAACCCUGCCAACACAAGCGCCUCCUCGGCGCCAUUGGGGGGCCACAAGAUCACCUUCAAUGAAUUGAUGAGCUCCUCCAAGUGA